AUGUCGCCCGCCAUCACCGAUUCGCCUCCCCUCAACGCCGGCCUCCCCGAGUCCCGGGUCUUGAUCAUCGGCACCGGAGGCACGAUAUGCAUGCAAGAAGGGCCCGACGGCCUUGCGCCCAGCGAUGGAUUUCUGGAGAGUGCCAUGGCUCCCAGGCCGACGUUUAAUGACAAUUCAGAACCAAGUGUCAAGCUGCAGGCUUCUCGCAGCGGUCAGAUGAUCCAGCUCGACAGCCUGAGAACACCCCCAACAGCCUACCAGAGGCACGUCCGCUACUCCGUCCUGGAAUUCGACCCGUUGCUCGACUCCAGCAACAUCUCUGCCAACGACUGGGCCAACAUGGCCACUGCCGUCAAGGAAAACUAUCACCUCUUUGACGGCUUCGUCAUCCUCCACGGCACCGAUUCGCUGGCUUACACGGCCUCUGCCCUCUCCUUCAUGCUGGCCAACCUGGGCAAGCCCGUCAUCCUUACCGGCUCGCAGGCCCCAAUCUUUGCUCUCCAGUCAGAUGCCGUCGACAACUUGCUCGGCUCGCUCAUCAUUGCCGGGACCUUUGUCAUCCCCGAAGUGUGCCUCUUCUUCCGCGAUACGCUGUACCGUGGCAACCGCACCACAAAGGUCUCGGCCGCCUCCUUCGACGCCUUUGCCAGCCCCAACUGCGAGCCCCUGGCCAAAGUCAACGGCCUCGGCAUCAAUGUCAACUGGCAUCUGGUUCUCCGACCCACCACCAUUGCCGAGUUCCACGUCUUCAAGCACCUCGACACAACCCACGUUGCGUGUCUGCGCGUCUUCCCUGGCAUCAAGCCUGAAAUGGUCGAUGCUGUCCUUCACCUUCCCGACCUAAGGGGCCUCAUCCUCGAGACAUUUGGCAUGGGAAAUGUCCCAGGUGGCAUCGACGGCCGUCUCACGGAAGUGAUUCGCUCCGCUGUCGACAGAGGCAUCAUCGUCGUCAACGUCAGCCAAUGCGUCAACGGCUUCGUGUCCCCCGUCUACGCCCCUGGAACCCAACUUGGCCGCAUGGGUGUCAUAUUCGGCCUCGACCUUACAGCUGAAGCAGCCCUUGCCAAGCUCUCACACCUCCUCGCCCUCCCUAACCUCACCCAAAAGGACAUUGUAGCCCAGUUUUCGCGCUCGCUUCGUGGUGAGAUGACUGAGAUUGCGCAUCCUAGCUUCUCUCACCCAACUCCUCCCCUCGACGCCGCUUCUCGCCUGACAGCCACCGAGUCUGCAUUUACAGCUCUCGGCUAUGCCAUCAAAAAUGGAGAAAUAGACGUGGUCAAGCAACUCCUCGAGGGUGAAGGCAGCAAGCUUCUCAAGACGGCCGACUACGCCGGUAAUACAGCCGUGCACUUGGCCGCAGUAUCGGGCAACACCGAAAUCAUGCUCGAGCUUCUCAAGCGCGGCGCCAGCGUGCACGAGCGCAACAGGGCGGACAACUCGCCCCUUUUCCUGGCAACGCUGUCUGGCAAAGACGACUGCGCGCAGCUUCUCAAGACUGCAGGCGCCCACCUUUCCGUCGAGGAGAUUGAGCGGGGACCCCUAGCCAAGCAUCGCCAAGAGGUGGAAUGA